CGGCGGGCCAAUAGCCCCCGACCGUAGCCGAGGACCGUCGCGGUCCGAGGCGCCCAUUGUAGGAGGCGUCCGGAGGGCGGAGCCCACUCCAGGUUGAGGGGUCGACGGGCAGAGAAGCGCGGCGGAGUUGCGGCGCGGAAGUCCAACGUGGCGGCUCUUGAAACUACCGUUCUGCGCUGAGCGACCAUGGCGGUGCUGACGGUUCUUCUGCACGGCGGCCCCCGCGGGCGCAGCCCCCUGCUUCAGAGGCUGAUGCAGGAAAUAAGAUAUAUGAAGCGAAGUUAUGUAGUAAAACCCACACUGAAUGAAGUGGUCAUAGUAAGUGCCAUAAGAACACCCAUUGGAUCCUUUCUGAGCAGCCUUUCCUCACUGCCAGCCACUAAACUUGGUACCAUUGCAAUUCAGGGAGCCCUUGAAAAAGCAGGGAUUCCAAAAGAAGAAGUGAAAGAAGUAUACAUGGGUAAUGUUCUACAAGGGGGUGAAGGACAAGCCCCUACAAGGCAAGCAGUACUGGGUGCAGGCUUACCUAUUUCUACUCCAUGCACCACCAUAAACAAAGUCUGUGCUUCAGGAAUGAAAGCUAUCAUGAUGGCAUCUCAGAAUCUGAUGUGUGGACAUCAGGAUGUGAUGGUGGCAGGUGGAAUGGAGAGUAUGUCCAAUGUUCCAUAUGUGAUGAACAGAGGAGCAACACCAUAUGGUGGAGUCCAGCUCGAAGAUUUGAUCGUAAAAGAUGGGCUAACAGAUGUCUACAAUAAAAUACACAUGGGAAACUGUGCUGAGAAUACUGCAAAGAAGCUUAAUAUUUCACGAGAUGAACAGGAUACUUACGCUAUUAACUCCUACACCAGAAGUAAAGCAGCAUGGGAAGCAGGAAAAUUUGGAAAUGAAGUUAUUCCUGUCACAAUUUCAGUAAAAGGUAAGCCAGAUGUAGUAGUGAAAGAAGAUGAAGAAUAUAAACGUGUGGAUUUUAGCAAAGUUCCGAAGCUGAAGACAGUUUUCCAAAAAGAAAAUGGCACAGUAACAGCUGCCAAUGCUAGCACACUGAAUGACGGAGCAGCUGCUGUGGUUCUUAUGACCACAGAUGCAGCCAAGAGGCUCAAUGUUAAACCACUGGCAAGAGUAGCAGGAUUUGCUGACGCUGCUGUAGAACCUAUUGAUUUCCCAAUUGCACCUGCACAUGCAGUACCUAAGGUUCUUAAAAAUGCAGGAUUGAAAAAAGAAGAUGUUACAAUGUGGGAAGUAAAUGAAGCCUUUAGUGUGGUUGUACUAGCAAACAUUAAAAUGCUAGGGAUUGAUCAUCAAAAAGUGAAUAUCAACGGAGGAGCUGUUUCUCUGGGACAUCCAAUAGGGAUGUCUGGAGCCAGGAUUGUCAUUCAUAUGGUUCAUACUUUGAAGCAAGGAGAAUACGGUCUUGCCAGUAUUUGCAAUGGAGGAGGAGGUGCUUCUGCCAUGCUGAUUCAAAAGCUGUAGACAAAUCUUUAUGCAAACACAAAGACAUGCUGUAAUGAAUUUGACUACCCUGGGCCAGCUUAUUG